GCACUGGCAUCGCUCAAAAAAUACCCAAUUAAAUUUAACUCUGUUAAAGAAUGUGAGAUUCUCAGUGGUUUUGGUCCAAGUAUUUGUAAAACUUUGGAUGAUAAGUUGGUGGAGUUUGCGCGCAAGUGUUCCCUUUCGAUUCCGGAUGCCCUUGCACUUGGUAAUAGACUAACACACGCUGAGCUACUUGAGCGUUGCCUGUCGAGGGUGAGUUCGUGCUGUUGGACGUUGCGAACUCCUCUUGAGAAAGAGGCGCUGCUCCACCAGUUUUCCUCACCAUUAGAACGGCCUCUAGUAGAUUCACAGUCUGUUCAGUUGCACGCUGUCUCUUCUGAGGGGGAUGGUUCACCGUCAGACUAUCUCAUCGGGCAAUCAUACGAUAUCAUUUUACUUAUUGAUAUCCAUGAGACAUAUGGAAUGUCAAAAGUCAAGGAAAUUAUGCGAACGCAAGCAGUGAAGUGGGAAACUCGAAGUCUUCCUGUUGGCGACUUCAUUUGGAUCGCUCGAGACCCCGGGGGGUCUUCAAAAGGCGAAGAGAUUGUCCUUGGUUUGGUCAUCGAACGCAAGCGAGCAGACGAUCUCGCCUCCAGCAUUGUCGACGGUCGUUUUAUGGAGCAAAAAGGAAGAAUGCAGAAGUUGGGAUUUCGAAAAAUGUACAUUUUCGAAGAGUGCAAGUCCAUGUAUAACCUUCGUAUAUCACACGAAACACUGUUACAGGCGAUGGUGAAUGCUCAGCUGAUUGAUGGAUGCGAUUUCGUAACUUGUACCAGCGGUGAACAAUGCGCAGCAUAUAUUGCCUCAAUGACUCGCUUCCUGAUCACAAAAUCUCAGUAUAAUUGUGACGUGUAUUCCGACGGGCGCCGACCUUGGGAGGCAUUUGGCGACGCUCGGUUGUGGGGAAUUCCCUGGACUGAAUACAUCAAUCUAGGCAAAAAGUCCCCCGCAUUGCCAUUACGUGAUCAAUUUGGUCGUCACCUUCUCCAAAUUCAUUCAAUCAGUGGCUCCAAAGCGGAGGAUAUUAUUGCCUUGUUUCCCACUCCUAAGAGCCUCUUCGAUGCGUAUGACAGUCUCUCCACGGAGGACGAAAAGAAAGUAAUGCUGGCACAAUCCACCCGAUCCUCACGUCUUAAGUAUGUUAAAUGCCUUGAAUUUAUUAGUCACAUUUUCUCAUAG